UGAACAGUCUGGAGAAGGCGGUGUACCUGGCGACCAGCAAUGACAUAGCAGCAGCGGCGGUGUCGGUUUCGGAGCCACAGGUGUGGUCUGCGGAGCGCAGCACUCAGCUUGGUCUGGCCGUAUCGUCCAUGCUUAAGGGUUACACCAACACGGCCGCUAAGUACACGGCCGUGUUUCUGAAGUCGGUAGCCAAGUUUAGCCUGCAGGCGCUAGUGAGUCUCAUCUUGGGCUUUUUGUUCGUAUGGGACAUGCCCACCAUAUCGCGUGGCAUCUCGACGCUGCGGCACUCGCGGCUGGCGCCCGUAUUCAACGAGGUCGCUCCCGUACUAACCGUCUUUGGCCAGCUGUUCGGAAAGGCACUGCAAGUUCAGGCCCAGAUCGCGGUGGUCAACACCGCGUUAACCGCUGCGGGCAUGUGGUUGUUGGCCAUUCCUGGCAUCGGCCUGCUGUCGCUUUUUGUUUUCCUCUGCUCGUUCAUCCCCAUUAUGGGCUGCAUCAUCUCCACCGUGCCGAUCGGCUUCGUGGCUUUGACCGAGUACGGCUUUGUCAAGCUGGCCAUGGUAAUUAUCAUGGUGGCGCUCGUACAUUUCGUGGAGGCCUACGCGCUCAACCCGGCCAUCUACUCGGCACACCUCAAGCUGCACCCACUGAUGGUGCUGUCGGUGCUGCUGGUAGCGGAGCACAACCUGGGGGUGUGGGGGCUGUUACUGGCAGUCCCGUCCACGGUCUUUGCGCUAGAUUACCUGAUCCGCUAUCCCAACCAGAGCAUAAGGGAGGUAGGCGAGCGGGAGUUGAGCGUCAUUAAAAAGCAGGCCCCACCGCCGGCUGCGGUGUCUGCGGCACAAACGCCGCCACCUGUACAGCCGGCACCCGCCUUGGGCGGGUGAUGGACUUUCUGUGUUCUUGUGAAGAAUGGUUCGCACGGUUCGGGUUUCGGUGUAAAGUAACAACUUGUCUCUCGCUUGAUGCUGGCUCUGACGGGGGUUAAGUAUAUGGACAGUGUACGGAGUUCCAAGCUGCGACGUGUUACUGCGCUGGAAGUGUAGAGGUGCUUGAGCUGGUGGUUGAUAGCCGCGCAUCAAAUUGGCAUUACAGUUAGAUGUUAGUUUUUAACAAGCCGGGACUCGGGAAAUAGGAGCGAGCUGCAUGGGCUCGUUUAACCAUCCUGCCAGGAUGUAAAGAUGCUUGUUGCGGAUUCGAUUAUGGAGCUGGUAAUUGCAACAUGGAUCGGUCGCCGUCGUGUGCACCGUCUGUAUUAUGUUUAAUAAUUUCAGUUAUC